CUAAGUUACUACCUAACUCAGUUCUUUAUUUUUAUUUUUAGCCAAGUUGUGCUAGUCAGCUAGCUAGCUUUUGAACCGAAAUGGUUAGAGGCCUGUAACGCUAGUUAGCGUAUUAGCCAUUUAGCUUAUUCUUCUCGGUAUCAAGGCAGCUGUAGCUUACCUGCUGUCUAGCUAAACUAAUAACAGUUAGUCUUCUUGCGAACGUUAGUUCCUAAAAUAUUUUUAGCCGUCGAUAAAACCGAUCAGACUUACUCUGCUGAUGUUUUUACGUGGAAUGAGCAUUCCAUGUGUCCUCCUCGGCAUGAAUGAAGUGGGCUGGCAGGAGACGCGGAGCGGCAUGCUACACGCUAACGGCGCGCAGGAGGCCGCAGGAGUCAGGGUGCCCGGGGCCGCCGGCGGCGGGGGCGGGCCGGGCCCCGGGGGGCCCCCGCCUCCCCAGGCCCUGGACGGGGGCCCCAUCCCCCACGCCCUGACCCCGGCGUCGGUCGCGGGCGUCCCGGGGCCCCAGCCCCCGCUCAGCGGGCGGUCCCAGGACGACGCCACGGUGGGCUACUUCUUCCAGAGGCAGCCGGGCGAGCAGCUCAGCGGCUACACCAGCAAGCAUCGAUGGCCCACGGGGGACAGCAUCCACGUCGACCAGGUCCGGUCCAUAGACGACAUGAACCACGAUUUCCAGGCCCUGGCCCUGGAGUCUCGAGGAAUGGGCGAGCUGCUGCCCGCCAAGAAGUUCUGGGAGUCGGACGAGUCGGCCAAGGACGGACAGAAGGGCAUCUUUUUGGGCGAGGAGUGGCGGGAGAACGCCUGGGGAGCGUCCCAUCACUCCGUGUCUCAGCCAAUCAUGGUGCAGCGGCGGCCGGGGCAGGGUUUCCACGGCAACAGCGAGGUGAACUCGGUGCUGUCGCCCCGCUCGGAGAGCGGCGGUCUGGGCGUGAGCAUGGUGGAGUACGUCCUCAGCUCCUCCCCCGGGGACAAGCUGGACGGCCGCUACAGGAAGGGAGGCUACGGCGGGGGGGACACGGAGCCGGACGGGACGGAGAAGGGCGACCCGAAGGACAAGCCGUGCCCCUACGAGGAGGACAGCAGCCGGGAGAUGGCCCAGGGAGAGGCGGACGACGUCUCCAAACCCAACGGGCGCGGCCUGCCCAACGGCAUGGACGGGGACUGCAAGGACUUCAACCGCACCCCCGGCAGCCGUCAGGCGUCCCCCACGGAGGUGGCGGAACGGAUGGGACCGCCCCAGCCCGGCCCGGAGAUGAUGGGCCAGCACCAGCACCAGCACCAGCACCAGCACCCCGGCCAGGCCAUGAGCAAACCUCCCGCCGAGGAGUUCCAGAACCAGGAGGCGCCCAACAUGGACGGCAUGGAGCAGGUCGGGCUGGAGUCGCUCCAGUUCGACUACGCCGGAAACCAGGUGCAGCUGGACUCCUCCGGCGCCGCGGUCGGCCUGUUCGACUACAACUCCCAGCAGCAGCUGUUCCAGAGGCAGAACCACCUGCAGGUGCAGUCUCUGACCGCUGCGCAGCAGCAGUACGCCCUGGCGGCUGCCCAGCAACAGCACAUAGGGCUCCCUCCCGGCGCCUUCAUGCCAAACCCCUACAUCAUAAGCACCGCCCCCCCCGGCACGGACCCCUACACUGCCGCCGGGCUGGCGGCCGCCGCCACCCUCGCAGGUCCCACCGUGGUACCCCCCCAGUACUACGGAGUCCCCUGGGGGGUGUACCCCGCUAACCUCUUCCAGCAGCAGGCGGCGGCCGCAGCCGCCAACAACUCGGCCAAUCAGCAAGCAGCCAACCAGGGGCAGGGCCAGCAGCAGGUAAUGCGUGGGGGGAACAACCAGCGCCCCCUCACCCCGGGGCAGGGUCAGCAGAACCAGCAGGACUCCCUGGCGGCCGCGGCGGCAGCCAAUCCCGCGCUGGCAUUCGGUCAGGGCCUGGCUACGGGCAUGCAAGGCUAUCAGGUUCUGGCCCCGGCCGCCUACUAUGACCAGACGGGUACGUUGGUGAUGGGCCCCGGGGCCCGUACCGGUCUGGGGGGGCCCAUGAGACUGGUGCAGACCCCUGUGCUGAUCAACCCAGCCGCCGCGCAGGCAGCAGCUGCAGCCUCUGCAUCAGGUUCCGGGAACAACAUGGGGGGCGCGGCCAAUGGUCUCUUCCGUCCAAUCAGCUCCCAGCAGCCUCCCCCCCAGCAGCAGCAGCAGCAGCAGCAGCAACAGCAGCAGCAACAACAACAGCAGCAGCAGCAGCAGCCCCACCCCAGCAACAGCAUGCAGUCCAGCUCCUUCUACGCCUCCAACUCCCAGAGCAGCUCGCUCUUCUCCCACGGCCCCGCCCCCCAGCCCGCCAACUCCUCCCUGGGCUUCGGCAGCACCGGGUCCCUGGGGGCCGCCAUCGGCUCCGCCCUCGGGGGCUUCGGCUCCUCAGGUAGCUCAGGCAGUAACAGCGCCCCCCGGAGGGACUCUCUGUCGGCGAGCUCUGACCUGUACAAGCGCGGCGGGAACAGCCUGGCUCCCAUUGGCCAGCCCUUCUACAACAGCCUCAGCUUCUCCUCCACGCCCAGCCCAAUCGGCAUGCCCCUCCCCAGCCAGACCCCGCCCCCCUCGCUGUCAUCGCACGGCUCCUCCUCCAGCCUGCACCUGGGCGGCCUGACCAACGGCAGCGGGCGCUACAUCUCGGCGGCGCCGGGCGCGGAGGCCAAGUACCGGAGCGCGGGCGGCGGCUCCAGCCUGUUCAGCUCCAGCAGCAGCCAGCUGUUCCCGCCGUCGCGCCUGCGCUACAGCCGCUCCGACAUCAUGCCCUCCGGCCGCAGCCGCCUGCUGGAGGACUUCCGCAACAACCGCUUCCCCAACCUGCAGCUGCGCGACCUGCUGGGCCACAUCGUGGAGUUCUCCCAGGACCAGCACGGCUCCAGGUUCAUCCAGCAGAAGCUGGAGCGGGCCACGCCCGCCGAGCGGCAGAUGGUGUUCAGCGAGAUCCUGCAGGCCGCCUACCAGCUCAUGACCGACGUGUUCGGGAACUACGUCAUCCAGAAGUUCUUUGAGUUCGGCAGUAUGGAUCAGAAGCUGGCCCUGGCCACGCGUAUCCGGGGCCACGUGCUGCCCCUGGCCCUGCAGAUGUACGGCUGCCGCGUGAUCCAGAAGGCGCUGGAGUCCAUCUCCUCCGACCAGCAGAGUGACAUGGUGAGGGAGCUGGACGGCCAUGUUCUGAAGUGUGUGAAGGACCAGAAUGGGAACCACGUGGUGCAGAAGUGCAUCGAGUGUGUUCAGCCGCAGGCCCUGCAGUUCAUCAUCGACGCCUUCAAGGGCCAGGUGUUUGUGCUGUCCACCCACCCGUACGGCUGCAGGGUGAUCCAGCGCAUUCUGGAGCACUGCACCCAGGAGCAGACCCUGCCCAUCCUGGAGGAGCUGCACCAGCACACCGAGCAGCUCGUGCAGGAUCAGUACGGUAACUACGUGAUCCAGCACGUUCUGGAGCACGGCCGCUCGGAGGACAAGAGCAAGAUCGUGGCCGAGAUCCGGGGGAAGGUCCUGGCCUUGAGCCAGCACAAGUUCGCCAGCAACGUGGUGGAGAAGUGCGUGACGAACUCGUCCCGCGCGGAGCGCGCCCUGCUGAUCGACGAGGUGUGCUGCCAGAACGACGGGCCCCACAGCGCCCUCUACACCAUGAUGAAGGACCAGUACGCCAACUACGUGGUGCAGAAGAUGAUCGACGUGGCCGAGCCCGCCCAGCGCAAGAUCAUCAUGCACAAGAUCCGGCCCCACAUCGCCACCUUGCGGAAGUACACCUACGGGAAGCACAUCCUGGCCAAGCUGGAGAAGUACUACAUGAAGAACAGCUCGGACCUGGGGCCUAUCGGGGGCCCCACCAACGGCCUGAUGUAGGAGACGCACCGCCCCUCCCUCCCAAACGACCCCCCGCCCCCCUUUACCCCAACGGCGGGACACCCUCCUCAAAGGGAAUUACCAAAAAAAAAAAAAAAAUCUACUUAACCUAAGAGUAACGCUGUGAUCAUGACCCCUGACCCCAUACUGAAGACCCGCCCCCCGCCCCCCCCCCCCCCCCACCUCACCAGCGCCCCCUUGUGGAGCCGUUCCAUCACCAAGCUGGGCCAAGCACAGAACGCAUGUACAUGAUGUUAAUUGUAUCAAAAACUGGUUGUCAUAUAUUUUGUAAAUUUUUACCUUGUAAAUUCACUGUGUAAAAAAGAAAAAACGAAACAAACAAAAAUCAGUAGUUUUUAAAAGGAAAAAAAAAAGUUUACUGUUCUUACAGCUGCACCAGCAUGUGAGUUGAUGAUGAUGAUGAUGAUGACGAUUCUGGCAACUCAGCACAACCGAGAAGUCCCUCACGUUGUUGUGUUUUUUCGUUUUCCCUUGGGGGGGUUUCCGUGCUCCUGUACCCGAGGGAGCUCCGUUUCGCGGCCGUGCGGAGGGGGUAAAGUCAGGUGCGGGGUCCCGUGGGCGCGCGGCCCGUCCCGCGAUGGCGCUCUCCUCGCCCGUACAGCGGGACCGGACACGCCCCCACGCGCGUGACCAAUGAGCUUCAGUUACGGUCCUGACCCCAAUAGCGCGCGUGGGAUGAGAUCGGGAGAUCGCGUGAUUGGUCGAAAUAAAGCCCCAGCGUGCGUCUCCCCCUGUGGAGCGUGCAGUUUGGGUCCGUUAGACCCACACGUGCCUGCACCUGACUUUCCCCCUCCAUACAGCUCUUUAAACGGGCCCCAGAUACACUCAGACACAGCAUGUUGGUUUCAGUUGUAUUUUGGUAGAUUUAAUGUCACUUUUUUUAUUCUUUUUUUCAUCACAAAAGGGCAAAAAAAAAAAUUUACCUUUUUUUGUUUUGUGUUCCGUGACACUAUGUCAACAAGAGCAAUGAUGAUUUUAAACCUUCAUCUCUUCAUUUGUGAAAAGUCCCGCAAUUUUUUUGAGAUGAACACUGCCCUAUAUAUAAAUAUAAAUUAUAAAUAUAUAUAUAAUUUUUUUUUUUUUUUUUUUAAAGGAAACCGUUCUGUGGUGUAUAGCAGCUUUGUACAUAAAUAUUUGUUUGGUUUUGGCAGAAGGUGGGCUAGACAAGGGCGGUCCUUGGAGUAGAGGGCGGGGCUUGGAAAAAAAAUGGGCGUUUCUUGGAUUAGGGGGCGGGCAGUUUCGCCGCCACAACACGAUUGGGAACCGUCACAGCUGACGGGGUGGGGGGGGGAGAGGGUUAUUUUUGCGUCGUUUUUUCGCUUUGGUAUAUUUGCGGCGUAUGUGUCGGUGGAGCGGAGGUUACUCCGGGUGCUCCACCCGACACCUCUUUUCUAAAGCUUGCAUGAUUAUACAAAUAGCCAUUGUUUUUUUUUUUUUUUGCUUCAUAUAAAUAUGUAGUGUACGUGUAGUUAUUACAUUAGAUGUAAGUUUACAGUUUAUUAUUUUAUUUUUUGGGGGAAAAGAAGAAUCUUCGUUUCGUUGUUUAUUUUGAGCCUUGUUAACUUUUGGUAGUGACGCUGACAUGGUCUGUACAGUUGUACAUUUGUAAACCUUAAUGCUGUAAAUGUAAUGUCUUUUACCCUUUUGAGGAAAAAAAAAAAAAGCAAAAAUUUGAAUUUUAGUGUAUAUGCAUCACCCCCACCCCUACCCCUCACACUGCCCACUUGCAUAUAGGGUAUACUUGUAUAUUUCUUUGAAUCAAGAGUGAUUUUUAAAAAUCUUUAUAUGGCUUCACUAUCUGAAAUGGCAUUCUUUUUAUCCUUUGUUUGAAACAAGUAGCCUUUUGUUUAUACUUCUGUCUGUUAAAUAUUCUGUUAAUAUUGACCUUUUUCGAGAAACUUUACAGUCGGUGCCGUUCAGUGCACUGCGUGGAAGGGGGGGUCCGGUCGGUUACCGGCAAACGUUUCCACGCGACACCAGAAGACCUUCCGUUUUGUACUGAAGAGCACUGUAUUUUGGAACAUCUACUAACUUGUAAGUGAAAGAUUGUAAGAUAUUGUCAAUUAUACAUCUGAACAUAUGAGGUUGUUACACUAUAAAAAGUGAUGUACAUUUUACCGGAGGCCUUAUGUACAUUUCCAGAAGUAAAAAAAUUAAGAGUAAAAAAAAUCUUUCUUUUUCUUUUUUUUUUUUUGCUGGCAGAAUUGUGACAAAUAUGUACAAUUAAAACAAUUCUUUGUAACUUUUGACUCUGAAUAUAUUUUGAAGAAAGAAAAAAAAAAAAAACUGGUUUGUAUAUUCAGCUUUGAACAAUUGAAGACAGUUUGCUUUGUAUUCCUUCCUGAAGGCCAGGUUUUGUGUUUUUUUUGUAUAGAUGAGUUUUCUCAGGAGUUCAGUUUGGCUUCUCGUUUAUUGGUGAAAGAGUCCUGAUGUUCCUCACGUAGCAGACGCGAUUGAGGAUGACUAUGAUGAUGAUGAUGACGUCGAUGAUGAUGAUGAUGAAGAUGUUUUAGUUUGGCUGCGUCUGCAAAGGCCGCUGGGAUCCCCGUGGUGUGGGUUUGUCCUCCAGCCUUAGCCAUAGCUCCUGUGGAAGUGUCCCGUUGUUGUCCAGGUAGCCAUUCCGUCUCCUCCAGAAACUGCCGCCCGCCCGCUUUGCCCCACGCACAUCAUUGGCUCCAGGGUCGCAGCGGCAGUUUCCCUGGCAACCUUUUUUCGUUUUUUCUUUUUUUUUUUUGGGUGGUGCAUACCAGAGAGGUCUUGCCUCCGUGCUUUUUUUUUGUUUUGUUUUUGGGGUUUUCUUUUUCUGUUGUUGUCGUUGCAUUUUCUAACAGGCUGAGGGAGCCCCAGUUGACUCCCGUCUGUACGCCAGGUUGUUCACGGACCAGCUGAACUCGUUUCUGUUUGAUCAAGUCUGUCGCCCGGGUUCCUCUGGCUUUCCUACCGGGGAUUGUUGUUAUUCAAGAAUUUGUAAAUGCUGUAUAAACAAUACAAAAAAAGUGAAUAACACACGUGAA